CCGCCCCCUACAAGGAGCACUGCGAGGUCGACCCAAACCUGCCCGAUCGGGUUGGCCCGCACAUCACUAUUGUUGACAUAUUUUCAUCUUGGAAGUCAACAUUCCCUCUAAUUUAAUGAAGACUAUUUGCACAUAAAUCUUUGGGUGAAGAAAACGGCUUGAUCAGAAGUUAAACUUUCAGUGACAAAAAGGGAGGAAGCAUGGUUGAGGAAGAGCAGCCAAUCUCUGUGGACUAUGAAGUGUUUGGAAAGGUCCAAGGUGUUUUUUUCCGCAAGUACACCCAGGCAGAGGGAAAUCGCUUAGGUCUAGUUGGCUGGGUGCGGAACACAGACGCAGGGACUGUUACAGGACAGUUGCAAGGACCAAGUGAAAAAGUACGGGAAAUGCAGGUCUGGCUACAGAAGAAAGGAAGUCCUAAGUCCAGAAUUACAAAAGUGCAGUUCCAAAAUGAGAGGAGACUCCCAAAGCUGGAACACAGCACAUUCAGUAUUUGUAAAUAAAUCUGUUUCUUUGGUUUGCUAAAUAUAUCCAGUAAGACUCUGUACUUGCAUGUUUACCGUCUUCAGUUGAAGAGCAGAAAGUUUCAUGGCCAGUUACUUGUCAUUUAUUGCUUUUAUUUUAUUUAUUUUAUUAUUUAUUUAUCUGGGUCUAGAAAGAUUGUCCAGUUGUGUCUGUGAAAACAAGCUAGUCAGUUUACACUUAAACUCAAAUAAUAAGCCCAUAAAUACUUGAAGCAUUUGCGUUCAGUAUUAUGAUUUGAUAAGAUAAACAAUGUCACUUUAAUGUGAUAUAAACGUUUGUUUAACUAAAGUUAAAAUGAUUGGGGGUGCCAAACAUUAUAAUGACUUACCUGAUACGCCAGGCCAGUGCUCCUAUUAGCAGAAAACUGCUUUUGCUGUGUUAUUUCUGUAGAAGCUCGUUCAGCAUCAUCUUCCUUCUUCUUCUGUCUUAUUUCCACCAGGAGUGGGCAGGCACUAUGGGGUAGAGUGAAAGGGCUGGCUUUUUUGUGUCUACGUUCAACUUUCACUCUACUGCACAUGCACCUGUUGUGUAUGAAAAGAAGAUGGAUGAAACCAAAUCCCUGGGGGGUGCCUAACAUUUUUGCACCCCACUGAUUUUAAAGGCAAAUUCAAUCGUUCACCAAAAACAACCUCAACCCCACAUAGACCCCAUCCCUCCUCCCCCCUGCCUAGCUGCCCCAGAAGAAAUGCCCCCUACCUUUAUACUUACCCCUCGGUGCAGAUUCAGGCAUCGGAGUUCACCGCAGCCAUCUUCCGGGUCUUCGUGUCUUCUUCCAUCGCUUCGGCAAUUUCCGUCUAUUCUGGCGCAUGUGCAGUUGUCGCAGACGGCAAAUUGCUCCAACUGCACAUGCGCCGAUUCGCCGGCCUCCCACUCAGCUUACCAAAGACCCGGAAGAUGGGUGCGGUGGACUCUGAUGCCUGAAUCUGCACCGAGGAGUAAGUAUAAAGUUAGGGGCAUUUCCCCGGUGGGGCAGCUAGGCUGGGGGGAGGGGGGUCUACGUGGGGUGGGGAGUAGGUUUUGUAUUGGUAAACGGUUGAAUUCUCCUUUAAACUUAGUUCUCCUUUUAUUGAACUUUGACGCAACAUAUACCAUAUCAACAUUAAAGUAAUGAUGUGUCAUUUUUAGGGGGCUCAGCUAGUACAUAUAGCAUUAGCUUUCAUCUUUGUUGGUAUCAUAUCAUGAGUAAAAGGGUUGUAUGCCAUACAUAGCACUUAGCAUGUACACACACAGCUGGGUCAGUGAAUCUAUGAUGAUUCAAUUGGUUGGUCUGUGGGUCAACAGUUGAAUGUAUAUAGGGGGCCUGGCCUCUCCAUCUGGUCACAUUCACUGCUUGGGGAGGUCCUUAUCUCAGGACUGCUUGGCCCAAUAAAAGACUAAUCAGAUACUGAUAAUGGAUGGUGUUAUUUUGAGCCUAUGCAUGGGCCAAGUCAGCAGCCAAUCUCUGUUGGUGUGUGAGCAGCUGUACAAGUAGCAAUCAUUACUUUGUAGCCCAGUGUCAGACAUCAACAUUCCUAGAAUCGUUUCCCAUGUACCUUAAUGGCACUGGCCGAGACCCACACAAGAACGGUGAACCCAACAAAAUAACCAUUUUGAUUUAGAAGGGUCACUUUUCGUAGCAACUAGAUCAUUUGCAAAGCUGGUUGGUUUACUUUAGCCUUAGUCAUUAUAGCUUAUCUGCUAUUGGCUGUUCUCCUAUUCAUCCUUCAUUCAAUCUAAUGCUUGAUUGAUAAUGAGUAUGUAGAGCUGUAUAACAAAAAUAAAAAACAAAAUCAAAAUGCUUAA